AUGAAGCCUCCAGAUAAAGGGGAGGAAGGCGAUACGAUUGUACAAAAGCUCUCUAAAGAUUCCCUCACAAUUGGUGGGCAUACUUUCACAUUCGACUCGGAACAAAUGUUUCAGCUUGUGGGAGUCCCUCUUGUUGAAAAUUGUCUAUCUGGAUUUAACAGUUCUGUAUUUGCUUAUGGACAGACUGGUAGCGGGAAGACAUUUACAAUGUGGGGUCCUGCAAAUGGAAUGUUGGAAGAGCACCUCAGAGGUGAACAAAGAGGUUUAACCCCACGCGUUUUUGAACGUCUGUUUGCCCGAAUCAAAGAGGAAAAAGUGAAGCAUGCUGAAAGGCAACUCAAUUACCAAUGCCGCUGCUCAUUACUCGAGAUUUACAAUGAGCAGAUAACAGAUCUACUGGAUCCGAGCCAGAAAAACCUGACGAUUAGAGAAGAUGUCAAGUCAGGUGUUUAUGUUGAAAAUCUGACUGAGGAAUACGUGAAAAACUUGACAGACGUGUCACAGCUUCUGAUUAAGGGUUUGGGAAAUAGAAGAACUGGUGCAACGAGUGUUAAUGCAGAGAGUUCAAGGUCACAUUGCGUAUUUACGUGUGUUGCUGAAUCUCGAUGCAAGAAUGUUGCAGAUGGGUUAAGCAGCUUUAAGACAAGCAGAAUUAACCUUGUUGAUCUGGCUGGUUCUGAACGACAAAAAUCAACUGGUGCGUCAGGAGAACGCCUGAAGGAAGCUGGGAAUAUCAAUCGAUCGCUAUCUCAGCUUGGGUAUAAAUUAGAGUAG